AUGGCUAACAACUCAAAGCCACUUCGAGUCAUAAUCGCCGGUGCUGGCAUCGCUGGCUUGGCAACUGCAAUCUCACUUACACGGAUCUCUGGCAUACCUGAUCUAGAUAUCCAGCUGUAUGAGCAGGCCCCAGAACUCCGGGAAAUCGGAGCUAGCAUUGCCCUCAGCCCCAAUGGCCUACGAACACUUGAAAAAUUGGGAGUACAUUCUGCUCUGAGUGACGAAAUUGGUUUCCGCGGUCCGAGUGGAAUACCGCACUUCUACAGGCAUUGGAAAACGAAUGAAGUGGUAUCAGUCGAUACCUUCGCUAAUGUGCCUGAUCGACGCCAUCAGACGACACGAUUCCACAGAGGACACAUUCAUGCGGCCCUGCAGGAGCACGUACCAAAGGAAUGGAUUCAUUUGAAUAAGAAGAUAUCUCACGCUGAAGCCAAUAACGAAGGCGUUGUUCUCUUCUUCGAAGACGGCACCAGCGCUCACGGAGACAUUUUGAUAGGAGCAGAUGGAAUUCGAUCAAAAGUUAGAGCUGCAUUCUAUCCGGAUUACAAACUGAGGUUUAGCGGAAAAGUAUUCAUGAGAUCUACGUUUGACGCAGCGCUGGUUGAGGGCAAAGUGCCUGAUUUGCCAGCUGACGCUGCUCACUGGUGGGGAAAUAAAGACACAUUCUUUUCCUCAAGACUUGGCAAGGGUUUAUACACGGUUGUUGGUGCUUACGAUGAUGGGCGCAGUGCCGAAGAAUUAGAAAAGUCAAUUACAUGGGACCAGGCCGGCAAUGUCCAAUUCCUGAGAGAGAAAUACAAGGAUUGGCACCCCGUCAUUAAAGCUCUUACGGAGCUGACACCACACGCUCGUCUUUAUCCUAAUUACGCGGGCGAUGCGCUACCCUCUUGGAUCCCUAACUCACGCGUCACUCUGGUGGGUGAUGCAGCUCACACUCAUGGAGGCUCUUUCGCUGCAGGUGGCUCGUUGGCUCUCGACGACUCCCUCGCACUCGGACUAGCUUUUAAGCAGGUCUUUUCAUCCGGCGCACCAAAUCUUUCAUUUUCCCAAGAAAACAUUCGCCGAGCAUUUAGCUUAUAUGACCAAACAAGAAGACCACAUACGGCUCGCCUGUUGAGCAUCGUCCAUGGCUUAAUAAGUCGCAAGGCCCCGACGUAUGAGACACCCGAGGCAGCAGAUGAGGCGCUUCGAGCCAGAAUGAGAAGCCGGCCAGAUCUGCAGUGGCUCUCUGAACAUGAUGUAGAAAAGGCAUUUCAGAAAGUGGUUAAGAGCUCUGGGGAAAACACUGCAAGCGCAGAAGAAGCGUCAAAGGUUUCGAGGUCAGACUCUCUUCUAGACAAUGCGAUUGCUUUGCGUGCUAGUAAGUUAUAA